AUGGCUCAUACCCGAUCACGAACUCCUACACGCGUCUGGUUUAUCACAGGCUGCAGCUCUGGCUUUGGCAGCUUGUUUGUCUCCGCCAUAGUAGCACGCGGUGAUCGAGUAAUCGCUACGGCCCGUGAUAUCAGUACCUUGUCCAAUUUUGCCCACUUCGACAAUGUCCGCCUCUUGCGGUUGGACAUCACCGAAUCUCAAGAAUUUCUCAAUGAGGCUAUCACCAAAGCCAUCGCGAUGUUCGGUCAGAUCGAUGUCUUGGUCAACAAUGCAGGAUAUGUACUAUCCGGGGUGUGGGAGGAACUGGGCCAAUCGCAAAUUCAGGAUCAAUUUAGUACCAAUGUCUUUGGUCCUCUGAAUCUCACUCGUGCACUCCUACCGCACAUGCGCGCUCGUCAAACCGGAACCGUCAUAUUCAUGAGUAGCAUAGCUGCAUGGAUGGGAGUUGCCGUUGGUGGACCCUAUAGUGCCUCGAAAUUCGCCCUUGAGGGGGCCGUCGAGAGUCUCCAGAAAGAGGUGGCAUCGUUUGGAGUGGAAGUGUAUCUUACGGUGCUAGGCCAGUUUCGUACCGGUAUUCUUGCUACUAACAUGAGAAAAACAGAACGUGCUGUCAACUCAAUCCCCGAGUAUGACGCCGCUACUGAAGCUUUCCAGUCCAGGCUGGAACAUACUAAUGGCAAGCAGCCUGGAGAUCCAGCACAAGCAGUGGAACGAAUUGUGGAUAUUGUGGACCGCAAGGGUCAUUUUACUGGUCAUCAGAAUAUUCCUUUACGUAUCGUUCUCGGAUCCGAUGCUGUGGGGAUUGUUCGCAGUCAGUGCCAGGAAAUGCUGAACGAUUUGGACAAACAAAAGGACCUGGGAAAAAGCACGGACUUUCUAGAGAAAGCAUCAGUUCAAAGAUAUGAAUAAUUCCAACUUGAUUUUGUUUUUUCCAAGUUCGUGCACCACAGAUCCUGUUCUAUCCACUCCUUUGUCGGGUUUGGACAGGGUCCGUUUCCAUCUGGAUCCCUUGGCCAUUUGUCAUGAG